GAGCAGCGGCUGAGAACUUAUUGUAACACACAGAAGAUGAAAUACGUGUGCUUUCUUGCGGCUUGUAUGGCUGUAGCCCUUGCAUCUCCAAUGACUAAAUCUGUCGUGGUCGAUAAGAUACCUGACGUUCUUAGGCGCAGUGACACUGAUGGAGCUCCUCAAGUUUUUGACGGUCCUCCAGAAGAGUUCCUCGGAG